UUACAGAAAGGAGCACUUUUAAUCAUUUAUGUCAGGGAUAUAAUAUUUAUAGUAUUUCGUUUAAAUGUGACUUAGUUUUAUGGUGAAAACCAUGUGUAAAUAUUUGUAUGUUGCUUGCUUCCGGCGCUUGGUAGAAACUUUGGUUAUGUUUGGUAGAGAUAKUUACUUCAGAUACUCAUUCAMGCGUUCWRACAYUAGAUCUAGCGAACUCCACAGACAUCUCUAAGAGUCACGGGUUUCCUGUCUUUUUGCUGGGAGAAUGUGGGAGAAUGGGAGCGUUUCAAAAGAAACCCGGAGGCUAGACCUACUAGUUGCCAGUCUCCCCAUGCUUGGAAGUAAACAAACAAACAAACUGUAAUAUCGGAUAUUCAGUGAUAUACAGCAAUAUACAGAAAUUAUGAUCGUUUUGUGACAUAUUUCAAGUAUAUAUAAAAUAURUCAGAAAUUAUGGRCUAUCAUUGCUGAUAUUUUUUUGAAGUUGCCUAKCACAAGCACUAUACGAAAAAAUGUUAUAUAUAAACUGUAUAUAUGCUUGAAAUAUGAGCAAAAAAGUUCACAAUUUCUGAAUAUUGCUGUACAUUGAAAAAGACAUAUAUUGUACCAAUAAAUUAAAAGUAGAGAUUAUCAUUGUGAAACUUGUAAUAGUAGAUGUGUCAACAUGGGAAAUGCGUUAAUAUUAUCAAGCAAAUACUGCAAUGGAUCUUGGAYACCCAGGUGUAGAAAAAGUUAUUAUUCAGUGCAGGAACUGGAACGGUGUUAUACUCAAAUUAUUUGCUUUUCCAUGCUAUAUGAUGUUGCUUUGUGUUGGAACCCGAUCACACUGUUUUCCUAUAAAGAAUAUCGCGUGUAUCCUACGAUUACAUUAUGAGUAUAGAUUCGCAAUGUAAACUGUUGCGAAUCCAGAAUAAAUAAGAAAUAUUUCAAAAAAGUUAGCGCAGAAAAAUUAAAAAUUCGCUCAUGAACACUGCUUUUUCAGGUUGAUUACCACUCACAUUUAAUCUUAAUUUAUUUUAGUUGACACAUAAUUUCUAUUCCUUUUUUCAUAAUUUCUUUGAAGGGGUCUAAAAAAUGAUUUUAAAAAAUAUGGAAACAGGAAAAAAAAAAACAAAUUAGCUGUUCUGUUGACAAAAAAACCGAAUAAUUAACGUCAUGUAAAUUAGAAUUGAGGAUAAAAAAAAGUAAUUAAAUAGAUAGUAUACCAAGUCUGCCAAAGGCAAUUUAUGCGCCUGUUUAAUGGCACACUUUCACCAGCUUGCUUCGACGAAAACUAGAUCAUUUCAAACUGACAUCAUGUGGUGAAAACGGCUUUGUUGGCACAAUUAGCCUUCUAUCUAUCUCCUAACUUGAUGUUGCAGGUGAGUGUGGAGACCAAUUUUUUCAAAACUCUAACAGUUUGCAAAGUUUCAAUUAGAAGAGUUUUAAAUAAAGCAAUUAACAAGAAGGAUGUCGAGUACUUCUWAAAGUGAUCCAAUCACGAUGAUCUAACCUGCGAUGUUAUUACGUCAAAGGACACUCUAUAAUGUCUUAAAAACAGUGUUCAAAACAGGAAGAGAAACCGUUCUGCAAUUAUCUGUGGACUUUGUGCAGUGGUAACAUUAAUAUUUGCAUUCAGUAAAAUGAGAUUGCCUGCACUGUUCGCUUGGUAUGCUCUCCUUUUGGGUUGGUUUUACACUCAGAACGGAAUUCAGGGUCAAUGUCCAGCAUAUUCACCCAACUUUGUUGUACAACAUGGCUAUCGUCUGUACGGACAUGUCAUCACCUGGCUGUAUGCUGAAAAUGAAGUUCUUUGUAGACUCAAAUGCAAUAUGGACGAACGGUGUUUGACAUUCAACUUUGAGGAAGCAACUAGGGUCUGUGAAUUGAACGACGCUGACMACAAAGAAGACCUUCAAGAGRCUCAAGGUUUUGUYUACGUUGACAUGAAG